UAUCAUAACACCGACAACUAUAAAUUCACUGGCUACCGGUACCGUUCGUUGCAGAGUUUGUUUUUCGUGCAGUUCGAUACGAUACGUUCGGUCCGAGAAUGUUUAAACACUGUGCUGUCUUAGUGCUGAUGGUGCAGCUGAUCGAUAGGUCAGCCGCCGUCGUACGGUUCGAGAAUCUCAAGUACGAGCUGAACAAGGACUACAUGCACGGCAACAUAUUCAUCAAGAGUCAGAACGAUAAGUACUCGUUCGGUGCAGAUGUUGAGUUGGCAAAGAAAAUCGAGGGCAGUGUCAUCGUGACACCGCAUCUGCAGCAUUUGAUUAAGGGCGAGUACCACACGAUGGUGAACAUCGAUCUGGACACGUGUAAGGUCGAUCCGGUCAUGUCGGAAAAUCCGAUCGUACGCACAAUCGCGAAAGAGUCAACCAAGUUCAUCAAUUUUUCGCUCAUGUGCCCGUACAACCCGGGCCGGUAUUUGCUGAACGACUUUACGCUCGACUCGGAAAGCCCACUGCUCAAGCUGAUCCCGAACGGCAAGUACAAGAUGCAGCUGAAGGCUACCCAUCAUCCGACACCGGAUGCAACGCCGACCAUGCUGUUUGAGUACUCGAUUGAUUUCGAGCUGUUCGCUGCCACAAGUUAGAGCGAGUUAUGGUGAUGAAGAUUCAAUAUCUCCAUCAUGGUUCGAGCGGCGUCACUUACUUGUUGUUUGUCCUUUAUACAGUUUUUACCCAAUAAACCCCUUGCAAAAUGUGUAACAGAACAGAAA